CUUUCUUUCUUGAGUUAAGCUAAGGAGCAAAAAAAGAAAAGAGAGAAACAACUGGAAAGGAUCUUUGUCUUGUUUUAGAUAAUGCCUAAAAGCUGUAAUGUUAUGUUUAAUUUGUUGGAAAUCUGUAAAUUAAAUGUGUUUAUGUAUCAAAAGAAUCUGAGACAUGCUGUACAUAAAAGGCUUUUGAUGAGCUGUAUCAUUGACAUAAUUGGUUGGAGUCUUGAAGAGAAUGAAUGAUCAUAAUGAUGCCUACCAUCUUUAUUUAAUCAUAGAUACACCUAAUGUUACUUCAUUUGUUAAAACUAUAAACCUUUAUCAUCAUUCAUAUAGUUUCUUAGAUUUUUGCCCACCCCUUAGAUCUCUAUGUAGGGUUGCACAUGAUUACUUGCUAGUUACUUGCUUCCUAAAAUCAAGUAUCUGGCAUUGUCAAAUUAAGUAAUAAUUCAAUAAAUUUUAUCAUUUGCAAGUACAUGUCAAGUAUCAAAUAUAUUUUUGAAAAUACUAGCCUUAUGGCACUUGAUAUUCAUUACUUGUUUUAGAAAAUACUUAUUACCCGCUAAAAAUAUUUAUUACUCGUUAAAAAUACUUAUUACUCAUAAAAAUUUACUAGUUAAUCCUUAAAAAUAUUUCAUAGAAUGAAUACUUGAUUCAAGUAAGCCAAGUACAAGUAUUAAAUUAAACUAGUUGAACGCGCCGAGCCAAGUAGCAAGUAACUGUAAAUUUACAAGUAUGGCUUGUACAUCCACCCCUAUAUUCUAUGGGUUUCCCUUUUUUGCAUGCAUGGGCCUUCUCUCUUACAUAAUAGACUAACAUAUUAGCCAUUGUCAUUCUUCAGAAAGUGCUUGCUUUUUUACCAGUCCAAGUGGAUCGGUGUCCCUGAAGCGCUCCAACAUCCUUACAUGGCGCCUCUAUUAUAUGGCACCUUAAAUUCCUACUGAUUUCGAUACUGAUGAGGAGUUGGGAGAGGAGGUGAUAAGAGAGAUGAUGUGAAAUUAGAUUCUUCAUUAUACCCUCAAGCUUCAACCGUAACCACUGAGCUCUGAGGCCAAGUCUUCCACGGGUAACUAACAGAGAUCUUCUGCUACUUAUGUUUGAUUCUCAUUAUCUUUUAAAUAUAGUCUCGAAGCAAAAUAAGUAUAAUUUGUAGUUUAAGCGAGUCGUGAAUCGUGAUGCCAUGCAAGCUCUUUUUUUUGUUUUACAUGCUUGAAGUGUGUCUACGAGAAAAUUUAACUCCACCCAGUUUGAUUAAAUAAUAAUAUCAAAACUAAAAAAAAAAAAACUAUAUGUCUGUGCAUGAAAAUCUUAUCUCUUUUACGUCAAAAUUAACAAACCGCCAAUGAUAACACACAGAGUAAACCCUCAUGAAAAACUUAUUGCUUCUCCUGCAAGAAAGUCAAUCCGUAAGAUCAACUAAUAUACAUCUGGGAUAACGUUUAUUUUGUUGGUGGAAGCUAAAAUACGUGAUCCGAUCAAUUUAUCACAUAUAAUGAUAUCUGGUCAAAUCACCAAACUAUUUGUUUAUACGAGAAAAUCACAUUCUAGUUUUAAGACAAGUCUCAUCAUGAUAACAACAAAGCCCUACUCUCUUGUCCGAAUCAUUAAUCCUAACAACUCCUCCAUGACAAAAUAAUCAUUCAACCUCUCUACACACAAAAGAAACAAGUAAGCAAAGAAAGCAAGAAAGGAUCUCAUUCAUCGAAUCUAAUUAAGAUGGUGAGUCUCUUUUCGUCGAGGAAAGGAAGCAAAGAAAGCAAGAACCCUUAUUCAAACCGGGGACUUGACAAGUUCUCUGCACUUCUCUCUGAGCUAGACGAGAAGAGACAGAACAUUCACGCAAAGAGGGUCGACUCUGAUGGGCCGCCUCUUGUUCGGUUUGUGUUCAAAAGCUCCGGCGAGUGUGUCCCUGUCAUGAUCAAGACAAAGAAGGGACCAAAGAAGAAGGAUGAUGCUCAAGACGAUCUCGUUGUCAAGACCGAGUCAAACACAAAGGAGGAAAAAGAAAUAAAGCCAGAAGCAAGGGAGCAUAAACAGAGAUGCGUAUUGAAAGAGAAUCUGAAGAAGUUUUCACGACCGAACCAUUUUUUGCCGGUGACAGCAAUCUUGGUUCUUAUAUUCUUAGUGUUUUUUGGACGAAGCGUUUCAACCAUGUGCACUUGUAUUGUUUGGUACUUGAUUCCGAUUAUCAAGGAACAAAGUAGAAAGAAAGGUUCAACAUACAAGACCAAAAAGAAGAAUAAGAAGAAAAUGAAUACAGAAAAUGGAGCAUCGCUUAACAAGAAGAUGGCUUGUGACCAAACUGUUCUCAAGGAGAAGUAUCCGCAUGUGGCUGCUCCUUGUAAAACCACCCGGUGACAGAAAAAAAUGAUAACCUUGUACUAUUUUAUUGUGUGUGAAAAUUCUUUUAUUCGUUUAAUCUGAUAUUAACCCUAAUGUUUUAAUUCCUUAUUUGUUUUGUUCAUAUAGUUGUUAAUUAUUAAAAAUGAUUUUUUUUUCUUUUUUGGUAAAAUUGUAAAUGAAAAUGAAAAAUUUGUAUGUAUUUGUUCACCACUUCUAGUUCUGAUGACACAUGUAAAACGGAUGAUUUUUUUUUGACCGUGGACGAUAGUUUUUUGAUUCAAGUCUACACCAUUCGAAUAAUCUUUAGACUUAACGGGAAUGUUUUGGCUUUCGACAUGUUUGGUUGCUUGUUGUGUUUUGGACAACCUGUACAGUUUAUUCACUUGUUUACUCUACACACGUUUGGUACGUAUUAUUUAAGGAAUUUGUAUGAUACGGCUGGACAACCUGUAUGAUAACAAGUUGAAUUUUCAUCUAUUUAUUAAUAAUGUAAUACAUAGUUAUCUUGUAAGAUUAGCUUAAUCAAAGAAAAUACCAUGAAGAUGUUAAUGUAAUGCCAGCUAGAUCAAUGUUAUAUAUUAUGCUCAUCACAUAAUUAAGCUAAGGGUCCAAAGGCAUGUAUCUUACUCUGUAAGACCGUAACCUUACCAUCUUGAGUACGUGGCAAGAUGCAAUUGGUAGUAACCUAUGGGUUAAGGUUACGGUCUUACAAAUAUGAAGCCGAGGGUUAAGGUAGUAAGACUUGUUCGAUGUAACCGAGGGGAACUUGAGUGAGUGAGUGAUUGGAUUGAAUUGAAUUGAACCGAACCGUCUGUUAUAUGUGGGCUUGUAAUACUCGCAAAGUCUUCUUACCUGGUGUCUUUCUUUAUGGAGCAGCACUCAUGGUUUCGUCAACAACUGUGUUCUUCUUUUGUGGUAUUUACAAUACGUUCUAAGGGACUUGUUUGUAUUUAGUAAGAUGAAUUGCACUCUGAGCAUGAAAUCAUUACAAGUCCUUGUGGCAUUAUGACAGCGUUAUCUUGUGAGUUUAGGUGAACCAAAGAGAGAUCAAGAUCACCAAACCUCAGUCGUUGCGAAGGAGUAAAGAGUGAAUACCAUUACACGUAUCACCAAACAUCCUGCUUAAUAAAACUACACCGUUUCGGUUAACCUCAUUUAAAUUCAAAGGGUUUAAGCCACACCGUAUACCUCUAAAACACUAAGAGCAUCAUUAUAGGUGGGACUUGUUUUAGGGCCCUUCACUAAUUUUUAUUAUUAUUUUUGGCUUAAGGACUAAAGUAAGGGAUUUGGCUAAAUUAGUUGAUUAUUGGUGGGACUUAUGUUGUCCCUUAGUUAAUUUAAUUUAUUAUUUUAAUUAAUAAUUAAUGACAUAUAUAAAAAAGAAUUUUUAAAUAAAACAUAUAAAAGAAAAGUGUAAUAUUAAAAUUGAAAACAUAAAAAAAUUACAUUUUUGAAAGAAAAUACAAACAUCAUAAUAAAGAAAAUAGAAAACAUAAGAAAAUGACAUUUUUGAAAGAAAAUACAAAUUAUAUAUUAUUUGUAGGAUGUCCAAAUUUAGUCCAUAUAUUUUCAAUCAAAUCAUUUUUCAAAUGUUGAUGGACUUGCCUGAUGUUAGACGUUGCAAGCAGUGGCGUAGCACCACAAUAGCAAACCUGCGGAAAACCAAACUCAACCUCCGGUUGCGGAGGGUAGUGAACCUGUUGAGUACGUUCCAAGCUUAACUCAGCUUGGUCACAACGUAUGAGAUCAUCCGUCUCGCUGUAGUCACUGUCCUCAUUGUUUCCAAAUAAAUCCUCCUCUUCUGAUGGCUGCGUAUAGCUGUAAUGUCCCAUUUUAACUUAACCUGCAUACAUUGUCGACAUUUAAAUUACAUACACAUAUUUAGAGCGAAGACAUUUAAAGAAAAUGAUUCAUUAAUAAAAACUCAUUUAAGGAAACCGGACUACAUGGACCUAACAAGAACA